AUACAAGAAUAUAACUACUAUAAUACUGCCCCCUAUAUAUAAGAAUGUAACUACUAUAAUACUGCCCCCUAUAUAUAAGAAUGUAACUACUAUAAUACUGCCCCCUAUAUAUAAGAAUGUAACUACUAUAAUACUGCCCCCUAUAUAUAAGAAUAUAACUACUAUAAUACUGCCCCCUAUGGGUUUAUAGAUAACACUGGCUUUAGUACAUGACUAUCCCCUCCAGGCUUGCAGGGGUUAACCCUAUCUGUCCCUCCAGCAGUCAGCGCCGCAGAGGUUAACAGGUAGUCGGUGUCACUGCAGGGGUUGGCCGGUGCACUACUACUCCCAGCGGGCGGGCUGGGGCUCGGGGGUCCGGGUCUGCCCCGCACACGCCGGUUCUUCCUCCGUCCCCCGUCAUUUCCUGUGGAAGAAGAUGGUGGUCACAGCUGGCAGCAGCAGCAGCGGCAGUGGCGGCGGAGGGGAGAGGAGGAGCCGGCACCGCUGAGCGCAGGACCCCGCACCCCCCACCUGGAGGGGACACCCCCCCACCCCGGGGCAGGGACCCCGCAGUCCGGAGGCGCCCGGAGAGGGCAUCAUGAGCGAAAGUGGCAAGGAGUGCCGGGUGGCGUAUAGCCCCAGUCUCGGGGACCUUGUGAGGGCGAAGACGGAAUUGGGGUCACCGGUUGACGAGAGGAAGUACAGCAAGCAAUGCUCCGCAGGGUCCAACUCGCGCUGCAAGGACCUGGAACCCAAAAGACUAAAGGAGAAGAGGGACGCUGCAAUGUCUAAGAGUCUCCAGCAGGUGGAUUUUUGGUUCUGUGAGCUGUGCCAGGAAUACUUUGUGGAUGAGUGUCCCAGUCACGGACCCCCCGUCCUGGUGCCGGAUACGCCGGUUCCCCUUGGCAUGCCUGACCGGGCAGCACUGACAGCGCCAUGUAGGAUUGAGGUGGUGAAGGACGACACUGGGGAGAGCGAAGUGCGAUGUGUGAACGAGAUCAUACCCAAAGGGCACAUCUAUGGGCCGUACGAGGGGAAGAUCUCCUCCCAGGACAAGUCAUCCGGAUUCUUCUCAUGGCUGUGUAAACCAGACACAAGGGAAACCUCUGAAGGUGACGGCUGA